CGAGGAUAACCAUCCUCAAUCAAUUCUUCCACAUUUGACCCAACAAGCACAAAUCAUGGGUCGCGGAGGAAACAAAGUGAGUCUUCUAUGCCCAGAAUCGUUCCACCGAUUCUAAUGUACCACAGGGCGGUCGCGGUCGAGGACGAGGUGGCGGUGGAGGCAAAGGUCGAGGAGGGCGGGGAGAUAAUCGUCGUGGUGGGGGAGAAGAUAAUAGAGUCAGCUUCGACAAGGUCCCAAAGCACAAUGAGCGCCUCGAGAGAUACUACAACACUGUGCUACGGAUAUCGAAUGAGGAGAGAGAGGAUUUCUGGGACGCAUUGAAGCGUGAGUUGCCCAAUAGCUUCCGUUUCGCAGGGUCGAAAGGACAUGCGCUUGCAGUCCAGAAACUUCUCAAAGAGCGAUACAUUCCCGAAAUAUCGAAGAUCUCUCACUAUGACGGCAGUCUUGUCGAACCUCCUCUGCCAGUCCCCUGGUACCCAGACGAGCUCGCAUGGUGGAUGACAACCCCGAAGAACGUUGUUCGACGGUUCCCUCCUUUCGCAGCCUUCCAGAAAUACCUUGUGUCCGAGACGAGCGUGGGUAAUAUCAGCAGACAAGAAGUUGUUAGUAUGAUCCCUCCGUUGGUAAUGGACCUUCAACCUGGAAUGACUGUCCUCGACAUGUGUGCUGCGCCUGGUAGCAAGGCCGCGCAAUUGCUGGAGAUGGUCCACCGAGGAGAAGAGGCACGCAUGCGCAAGUCUCUCCAAGAUCAUGCACAGGAGGACGGCCGUGAGGUUAGCCCUGGUGUGGAAUCAAUGAUGCUGGACGAUGCAGCGGACCUUGAGGUCGACUCAACGGAUAAUGGACGAGCCACCGGGCUGCUAAUUGCCAACGACUCUGAUUAUAAGCGAAGCCAUAUGUUGAUCCAUCAAUUGAAGCGACUUUCGUCGCCCAAUUUGAUUGUCACCAAUCACGACGCUACAAUGUUCCCAUCCAUCAAGCUUCCACCUACCCCCGAAAACCCCUCCACCAAUAGAUAUCUCAAGUUCGACAGAAUCUUGGCAGAUGUACCAUGUUCAGGUGAUGGAACAAUGCGAAAGAACGUUAACUUGUGGAAGGAUUGGGGUCCAGGAAAUGCUCUAGGUCUUUACGUCACACAAGUCCGAAUCCUUGUACGAGCUCUACAGAUGCUCAAGCCUGGUGGUCGUGUCGUCUAUUCCACCUGCAGUAUGAAUCCCGUGGAGAAUGAGGCUGUGAUUGCAUCCGCGAUUGAGAGAUGUGGCGGCCUUGAGAAGGUUCAGCUCCUCCCUAGCGAAGAUCAAUUGCCUCUCCUGAAGAGACGUGAGGGCUUGAAAUCCUGGAGCAUUAUGGACAAGAGCGGGAAAGUUUGGUAUUCGUGGAAAGAUGUCGAAGCAAACCUCGCUGAGCAUGGCCCAACACCUGCUACGGAGAAGCUUGUCGAAGGCAUGUUCACGCCUACGAGCACGACGGACAUCCCUUUCGAGAGAUGUAUGCGCGUUUAUGCGCAUCUUCAAGACACUGGUGGCUUCUUCAUUGCCAUCUUGCAGAAGAUGUCGGAAUUCAAAGCCAAGCCGGAAUCGGAAUCAAAGAAGACUGAUGUCAAGCCACCCGUCACCUCCAUUGUUGAAGAGAUCAUGGCUCAGCCAACUCCUGUCGAAGGAGGAUCUGUCGCACCCAAAAUUGAGGCUGCUGAUGCUCUGACCCGACCAAAUCUUGAUACCGAGUCGGAGGUCACUCCCGUUGCCCGUCAGAACCAAGCAAACCCGGAACCCGAUGCAACGCUAAAUGUCCUGAAGCGACCUGCAGAGGAUGAGCCUGUGAUUGAUGCAGUUAUGGAGACCAAGAAGUUGAAGGUUAAGGAAGACGUUGACGAGCCAGCCGAACCUGGACUCGAGAACCGAGAGGUUCACUACCCACCACCACCCGGAGCCGAACUUGAUUUGACUACUCGGCCUGGAGAUAUGCGCUCAGAUGCAUCAGCACCUCGCCCGGCUCGAAACAGAUCUGGUCAACAAUUUGAGGAGCCAUUUAAAUACAUAUCCUUUGAACAUCCCGAAGUUCAAUCCAUCGAAACAUUCUACAAGCUAUCUCCUCGAUUCCCUCGUGACAGAUUCAUGGUACGAAAUGCGGAAGGAGAGCCAGCCAAGACUAUCUACUACACAUCUGCUUUGAUCCGCGAUAUUUUAACGGAGAAUGAGGGCAAAGGCAUCAAGUUCAUCCACGGCGGGGUCAAGAUGUUCAUGAAGCAAGAUGUCCAAGCUGAAGAUGUCUGCAAAUGGCGGAUUCAAUCGGAAGGCAUGCCUAUCCUCGAAGGCUACGUCGGCGAAGAGCGUGUAGUCCGUCUAUACAAGAAGGAAACCCUCCGCAGUCUCCUCAUUGAGAUGUUCCCCAAAGUCUCCGACGGUGCGUGGAAGAAUCUUGGCGAGAUCGGCGAACAUGUCAACAACAUCGGCAUGGGCUGCUGUGUUCUUCGCAUCGAGCCCAGUGACGCGGAAGACGGGUUCCAAGAGCGUAUGGUUCUUCCUCUAUGGCGCAGCUUGCACUCUCUGAACCUCAUGCUGGCCAAGGAGGAUAGAACAGCUAUGUUACUCCGUAUAUUCAACGACACUACACCAUUAGUCAAUAACCACUUCCCUGCGAAGAAAACACAAGAAAACGGAGAGAAGGAUGUUGCUCCAGGUUUCAAGGUUGAGGAUGGUGAAAUCAAGGUUGACACUUCAGCUGCGAUUGAAGCUGGUAAGCCUAUUGAGUCUGAGCCAAUGGAAGGUGUGGUUAAGCCUGGUCCUUACGGAGCCAUUGUCGCAGACCCAAAUAACAACAUGCCUGAUGUCAGGGCUGAGAAGAUUAACAAGGGCGAGGACACAGGAGGCCCCGAGCAGCAGUUGAACGGCAUGGGUGGGAUUGAGGGUCAAUUCGGUGGCGUUUCAUAGAUACUGGUUUACAUGGUUGGAUGGCGUUCUACUGCGAAUCUGAAUAGAAAAGCUUGUAUAGGAGUACUCUGUGACUUUCAUCUUGCCGCUCUACAUUGUCAUGCGAUCGUAUCCCUGGAGGAAAACGUAUGGGGCACCUCGGAUCGCAAGUUCGACACUAUGCUUGGUUACUUUGUAAGGCAGCUCAUCCAUUCUCUCUCUCUCAGCUGUGUGCUGCCUUUCACAACCAGGUACGGAAUAGUCUCAGGCAUGAACGAGAGAGCUUGGGCGUAGUAGCCGACACCAGGGAAUAGAAGUUGCUGGAGCUAGCAAUAUCCUUCCACGUAUCCCUUUCUACAGUUUUGUGAACUGCCAAUAAAACCGUUGAACCUGAGCGGAAGGAAAAUGCCUGUGUAUCUCCACCCGGCUCAUAGACCCACCCACAUACAAUCCUCCUACUCAUCUGUACCCACCCAACUACCCUUCACCUUUCUUUAAGUCUUCCGCAGUCGCUUGGCCGAGACACUACCUUGGUCGCCUCUACCCAGACAUCGUGUCGGCAAAUCCGGAAAGGAUCAACGUACAAUGAGCUAGACCAUUUCUGAGUAGGCCUGAUACUGACAAGCUCUUGUAAGACGGGAAAAAGAAGCACAAGUGUCACUAUGAACGAAGGCUCGACAAUUACAAGUAUCUCG